AUGAUGUCACAGGCCCGGUGCACACGUUGCUGCUCCUACUCUUCCUGUUCCCGCUCCCCCUCCUUCUGUUCCUACUCCUCAUCCUUCUCCUCUUGCUCCUCCUGCUCAUUUGGCUCCUGCUCCUCCUUCUCUUGCUCCUCCUGCUCCUUUGGCUCCUCCAGCCCUUUUGUCUCCUGCUCCUCCUCCUCCUGCUACUCCUUCUCCUCUUCCUCCAGCCCCUUUGUCACCUGCUCCUCCUUCUCCUUUGGCUCCUCCAGCCCCUUUAUCUCCUGCUGCGCCUGCUCCUCCUUCUCCUCCUGCUCCUCCUUUUCCUCUUCCUCCUCCUCCUCUUGCUCCUCCUCCAGCCCCUUUGUCACCUGCUCCUUCUCCUCCUCCUGCUCCUCCAGCUGCUCCUACUCUUCUUGUUCCCGCUCCCCCUCCUUCUGUUCCUACUCCUCAUCCUUCUCCUCUUGCUCCUCCUGCUCAUUUGGCUCCUCCAGUCCCUUUGUCUCCUGCUCCUCCUUCUCUUGCUCCUCCUGCUCCUUUGGCUCCUCCAGCCCUUUUGUCUCCUGCUGCUCCUCCUCCUGCUACUCCUUCUCCUCUUCCCCCAGCCCCUUUGUCACCUGCUCCUCCUUCUCCUUUGGCUCCUCCAGCCCCUUUAUCUCCUGCUGCUCCUGCUCCUCCUUCUGCUCCUCCUCCUGCUCCUCCGUCUCCUCUUCCUCCUCCUCCUCUUGCUCCUCCUCCAGCCCCUUUGUCACCUGCUCCUGCUCCUCCUCCUGCUCCUUCUCCACCUGCUCCUCCUCCUCCUCCUCCUGCUCCCUCAGCCCCUUUCUCACCUGCUUUUCCUGCUCUUCCUCCUCCUUCUUUUUCUCCUCCUCCUCUUCCUCCCCCUGCUCCUCUUGCUCCUCCUGCUCCUCCUGGGUGUCAGUGGGUAGACCCAGGCUGACACAGGGGUCUCUGUGCAGGACUACAGUGGUGUGUUGUGGCUGGAACAGGAGGCCCCUGUCCUGGAGCGAGGCCUGUGUGUGUCCUUUACCUGCUCACGCUACAUUUAGAAACAACAGCAGAAAAAACCUCCAGAUCCACUCACUUUGGAGAGUCUGA